CGGAGCUCCUGCAACCUUGUUAUUGGUCGUAACCAGACCGUUGUAUAACUUACGCACGAUUUCGGACACAUUGUCUGAAUUUGCGCAAAUACAGGAGAAUGGUGUCGGAUUUGGAUUUGACGCUACCAGGGGCACGACACGUUUAGACCACGUCGUCCUGGGACAAGGAUUCUCCAUCGUGUCCCUCCUCCAGAAAGAGGAAAAAAGAAGAAGGAGGACAGACGCUUUUCUUCGGACACUGACAAAGAAAGCACCGUCUUUUGGGAGUGGAGGAGCGGCUGUGAUGUGACGGCCAGGAUUGACAUCUUUGAAGAUUUAAAUGCCAGCAGACUUUAACACAAGGUUUCUUUGCAGAUGUAAAACAUCGUCCUGGAUAGUCCUAGUCCUUAAGGAUUGGGCAAAAUAAGCUAAAGCUUCCAAUCCUGGCAGAGAAUGGCUCAUGGGUGGGAUUCAUACUUCCAUAACCUUCCACCUCUAUCAUCAGAACCAAGCACUUUGACAAGGACAUCAGAGUCCGAGGGAAGUCUUUCCCAACAUAUAGAGAACUUCAUUGGACAUCAUGACUUCCCCGGCACAGAGGCUUCACAUGCAGCCUCUGCAACAAACUCAAACUUCAACCCAAACUAUUACUCAAAUUCCAGUAUGGAAAACCCCAGUUCAGACUGCCUUUAUCAAAAUUACGGCAAUGAAACCCCAUGGCAAGCUGAUGGCGAACAAAUGGGAAAAGAUUACUUGCCAAGAUGUGGAAAUAAUGAAAUCUCAGAUUUUGCCACAGAUGGAUUAUCGACAUCUGGAUCUUUUCCUUCAUCUUUUGCGACAGAUUUACAAGAACUUAAGCAAGACUGUGGAAUGCUAGCUACAUCACUUCUUGAGAGCUACUCAGAUGUCAGUAGCUGCUCGGAUGCAGAUGUAGUUGAAACAAGGCCUUCCUGUAAAUUUAUGGCAGGCAAUUCAGUUCCAAAACUUAAAACUGAUGUUACUAAAAAACCCAGCUCAUCAGUAUGGCUUUUCACUGAUACUGUAAAUAUGACCGUUCCGACUGAGAGUCUGUGCCCUAAUAGGUCAGAGACUAAUGUAGCUUUGCCAAGUACAUCAAAUGUGAUGAUGGCAGGAGAAAACAUAGUUGAAGACAAAAUAAAAUGUCCCCAAAAAACUGUCAAAGCUUACAAAGGAAACAACCAGUCCUUUACUACUACUAACAUGGUGACAACUACAAGGAGAAAGACUGUCACGGACAGAAAUGAUUAUGAUGGUUGCCCAGAUCAGAAACAAAAGAUGGAUGUGGAAAGAGAUCUCACACAAGGAAUAAAUUCAAACAUCACGAUAAGUGGCAAUGAAAAGUUGACUGAUGAUGGAAUACAAUACCUGGACGGCAAUGUGGAAGAGCAGAUUGCUGCAGCUGUGCCAAAUAUCCUGAUAACCUCCAACAAUGUGCAAGAUCUUUCAGGCGAAAAAGUUCUUAGAAAGGAAAUUGAGGAGUCAUUCAACCAAGAAAAUUGUGAUCCUACUUCCACAGAUGAUCAAGAUAGAAAUGUGCGAGAGGACAAGCAGGACAAAAGUGAAGUCCCUGGAAGAGAAUCAAGUUCAUUAGAAAAACAGACUUUUGAUGAGCAGACAUCCCUAAAUCCCAACUCUACUGAUGGUCAAGUUGAAACUAUGGAGACCAACUGUGAGAGAGAAAUUCAGUCAUAUACCUCAAAGUCUACAGAUCAUCAGUGCAUCAAGUUGUCCGAUUCUACAGAUGCCACUCAUGAACUGGGGGAAUUCACAAGUACCUUUAAAAGUAAAAAUAAUGAUGUUAAAUCCUGUUUGCAGUUAUCCGGGCACCAGUCUUCCAAAAGUGUGGCACAGGACAAUAUUUGUUUGAGCCCUGCUGUGACGAGAGAUGGUUAUCUCAACAAUACCAGUGACAAGAAUAAGCAACGUGUUGCAAGUCAUUCCGAUCCCUGCUUACAGACAACUAGCUCCAGCACAGAUGUAAAUCCCUGUCUAGAAAAAGAAUGGACCAGUGCAGCAGAAAAUACAAAUGCCAAAUCUCCAGAUCCAGAGUGUAGUGACACGGAUGUCACUAGUCUUCGUAUUGAUAGUGGUGACAACAACAAGCAAGGUGUCGCUAUUAAUGUCGAAUCAUGCUUACAGCCAAACGGCUCAAGCACAGACGUAAAUCCCUGUCUGGAAACGGAAUGGACAAGUUUACCAGAAAAGAGAACCCCGACCUCCUCAGCACCAAAUUGUAGUGACACUGCUCUGACUGGUGACAGUAAAGAGCAAAGUGUUUCUAAUGGUUUAGAAUCUUGUUCACAGUCAAACACCUUAAGCACAGAAAUAACUACCUGUGUAGAAAAGGAAUCGACAAGUCCAGAAGAGAAUCAAAAUGUAACCUCUUCUCCAGAUCAGCAACAGUCACAACAUCAAAGUUGGGGGGCUCCAGAACAAGGAAUCCUUAAUGGAGAUGUUGCUGAAAAUGCAGCAGAGUUGUUUAAAGAGUUGGACACAUCUGUAGAUGAGCCGUCCUUGUCUGGCGUCCUCUAUGGUGAACCACUGUCAAGAGAAGAUUCUUCAUGUGAUGCUGAUGAAACAGAACUUGACACAAGUCCCUAUGAAGACACUUCUAUGGCCAGACCUGACAGUAACAGCAUGAACUAUUCAGAAGGACAAGCACCUCAACUUAAAUCCUCUAACAAAAUGAGAAAACGCCUGCAACCUGUUGUUAUAUUGAAGACAUCAGAGUCACUAAAUGGAGCGAGUAACUCUUAUCAUUGCGCCGAUUGCCAACACACAACCCACAAUGUUGAUCAUCUAAUCGAACACUACCAUUGUUGCCAUUCAGUGCAAAACUUCCAGUUUUGCAUGGCUUGUAAUCUCUACCUGAUGAGGAAUGAACCAGCAGAGAAACAUGUAUGUUGUGUGACCAAAGACGGCGCUCGGCUCUCUUCUGACUUCAGCCUACCGAACAAAAGAAAACGCCUUGAAGGCCGAAGGUGCAUUAGAUGCGGACUCAAAUUUUCAAGACAUACUCAAUAUGUCUCGCAUAUACGAUCUCACACUGGCAAAACACCCUAUAAGUGCAAUGGAUGUGGAUCCUACUUUGCACAGUCUAGUAGCUUGCGAAGGCACAAGCACAUACCUGGCAGAUGCAAGAAAUCAAAACUUCAAGGUACAAAUUCUGAUGCUGAUUCUCAUAUCAAGGAAACUACACCACCGCUGCAAAAGGACCGUGUACAGAAACAAAUCUAUCCAAAUCUACCUAAAUGUUAUGUUAAGCUUGUUGACAUCUCUAAAACUCAUCUGGGUAGUUUAUGUGGGAAAGACUUCUCCACUGCAGAGAAAUCCAACAAACACUUCUGCAACGCACACCAGGGAAAAAGUCUGGCAGUUUCAUUAAGUCGGUGUACCACAAAACACAGUGGUGAGAAAACCCCAAAAGUGGAGAAUGAGACAAGAGCAAAAUAUAAAUGUCCUCUCUGUCCACGGCUUUUCAAGUACUCCUUCAACAGAGCUCGGCAUUUGCGUGACUGUGUAAGAAACUUCAUAUGUGGUGGGAAGGAAAAGAUUUCCGGUAAAUAUCGGUGUCCCUUGUGCCAUGUUACCUUCACUUCAUCAAGCAACCGAUACAGACAUAUUAAAACAUCUUGCCUCAAAGAGUGUGUAAAUCGUCUUGCUAAAGAGAGGGCAAAAUCAAAGAAACAAGUUAAACAGACAGAAACAAAGGAAAUUGACCUGAAAACCCAGUCCAAGCAAGAUGAAGAGAAAAAACUGCCUGAGGAAGUAGAAAAGGCAAAAAAAACACACCCAGCUUUAACAGCCCUCAAGCCUGUGCCACGUUACAAAUGCAACCUUUGUCCUGCAGUAUUUUGUCAUGCUUCUGGAAAGUACAGACAUAUGAAGAAACAUGAGCUGUUUAAACUCACUGGUAAAAUGGUUAGGUACAGGAAUUCAGUUUUCUCCAUCAAGUCUAAACCAGCAACUUUAAGUAGUUCAAACACUGAAGAGAAUAAGGAUUGCCCAAAAUCAAUUGUGACAACUGGCAGUCUUGCCCCUGGCUGUAAGUUUUGUGGAGAAUGUUUCGACACACCCCAGUCACUGGAGAAACAUGUGCGCAGUCACAGAGGCGAAAAACCAUACCGCUGUCUGGAAUGUGGAAAAGGAUUCAAAAAACGUGCAUAUCUGAUUGGACAUAAAAUCGUUCACCAGCGGAGGAUACAGUGCACUGUCUGCAGAAAGAUUCUUCCAACUAUUGGCGAACUGAUCCAGCACAGAAGCUCCCAUCUGAAAAGGGGAAUGCUUCAAUGCCCAGACUGUCAUCGGCAGUUCCAGUAUCCUGCACAUCUCCUUCGGCACUUAGACGGCCACAGAAGGAGAGAGAACAGGAAACGUCAACUUGGAGAGAGACCAUCAUUAAAACCCCAGGAGUCCUUGGAUUCUGUAAAAGAGCAGAGUGGGCCAAAGCAGCUUCAGUGUUCUUUGUGCAAAGAGGUAUUUAAUGAUGCCCAAGUACUAAGAAAACAUUGUCUUACACAUAUAUCUGAGUCCUCGUCAAACCAGUGUCCAUUUUGCAAAGAUGAUUUCAGUAAUCGCCGCUAUUUGCUGCGCCACAUGGUCAAACAUACCGGAGACAAGCCCUUUUCCUGCACUAAAUGUGGAAGACAGUUUUUCCGUGACUUGUACCUAAAACUUCACAGUGAGAAGUGUUUGUCUGCUCAAACCAGACAUGUGGUCACAAUGGAGUCUAACACUAAGAUAUGGCCACAUCGGUGUUCCUACUGUCCAAGGACAUUUGAUAAGAAAAACCGCCUCAAAAAUCAUAACCGUAGCCACAAGGCCAACACUCUGCUUCUAUGCUCAAAAUGUGGGCUGUACUUUGGAUUUAAUAAAUUACUGCAACAUCAGAGGAGGUGCACAGGAACUUCAGAUCUCAGCACUGGCUUAUCAUCUGUUAAUGGCAAUGUCUGUAAAAGCAUUUCACAGACGAGCCCAAAUGCUGACAUAAUGCCUCCAAAGUCGAAUGCAGCCAAGAUGCUUCACUUUAAAUGCCCUCACUGUACAAAGGGGUUCAGGUACAGAUCGUUACUUUUGAGACAUCUUGUGUCACACACUCGUGUGAAACCCUAUGCAUGUACGCACUGUGGACAUGGUUUUGGAAAUCAGACAAAGUGUUUGCAGCAUGAAGCUUUCUGUGAUGGUGUUCACAAAGAGGGGCAGAUGAAAGUCAAAGGUGAUGCUGCAGCUCAAUUGUCAAAGACGCCUAGUCUCAGUGAGGCAACACAAAAGCCAAAAACAGGGGGUGGAGCAGAGUUAAAGUGCAAAUUCUGCACAAAGACUUUCAUGAAAUCACGAAGCCUAAGGCGCCACAUUUUGACACACAAUGAAGUGAAACCAUAUCGCUGUAAAGCCUGUGACAGCUGCUUUUCAAGGUAUGAUCACCUGAAAGUACAUCAGACUCGCUGUAAGGGGAAAAAAAUACGAUUGGAAGUCUGCAUUCCCAAAAUCAGUUUAGAUGAUGUUGGCAAGGGUUGGCAAAAUAAGUAUUGUAUGCCUACAGCUGCUGAAAAGCAGGAGACAUUUGAGUGCAAAGUCUGUUCAAGGAUCUUCUCCAAUCAGUCUAAACUUUCCAGACAUGUCACCAUGUUCCAUGUUGCGAAAUUAUUCAAGUGCACAGGCUGUGGCUCGUCAUUCGCUCAUGAAAAGUCUCUGAGAAAGCACAGGAAGAUGAAGAAGUGCAGGACUCUCUCCAAAGAAACAAAUGCUUCUCUGCCACUGGAAACUAAUCCACCAACAGAAAAUGUGACAACGGCGCUUAAAGGGGUGAGAAAUAGAAUUGUACACCGUAUCCAACCUUAUUUGAACAAAAAGUACAAACACACAUGUAGUUUUUGCCCCCGCGCUUUUCAAAACACCUGGCAAUUGAGUGUGCACAACCGCCUGCACACAGGAGAGCGGCCAUAUGCCUGCGACGACUGUGGUCAGAGAUUUAUAAGGAAGGAUUACGUGAAACGUCAUUCCCCAAAGUGCACCAAAAGCCAGAGCCAACAGUCAACCACUAAAAUCCCACCAAAAGGCUUUUCUUGUGCAUACUGCAGUUCCCGCUUCUUGCUAUUUUCACAGCUUCAAGAGCAUUUUUUAAAUGCACACAAACUGGAAACAAAGGUUCCACCAAUAUCCACUGCUCCCCUACAACACCAUCUGUCAAAUAUACCAAACAUCAAAACCGAGCCUUUGGAUGAGAGUUGUGAUAAACAGCUAAGUGAUGGUGCUAAAUUAAUCUGUAAACUAGAUACAGAUCUUAAUAGUAAGGUCCCCAAUUCAUUGUCCUGCCCAAAGUGCAAUAUGUCCUUUAUAAAUAAAGCUGGACUAUCUGGUCAUCUGCAUGUUCACUCAAUGGAGCUUCCUUAUCAUUGUAAAACAUGCAAGAAAGGCUUUUGGAAUAGAGGUGUUCUCCGUAAUCACAACAGGAAAUGUAGAUAUGGGUGCAUUUCAAAGAGCGGUACAACCCAACAGUUGGAAGUCCCUUUGAAAGCAGAGAUUGAUUUUGUGCUAAAUGACUCUGUUCUAGUGUUCAAAGAGGCCUCCGAAUCAAGUGGCACUGGCGUUUUGCAGACCAACUUCUCUUGCAAAGAUGACUUGAUGGAUGAAUCCCCAGAAAAUUCAGAAAGAAAACCGAUGCAAAGCAGCUCAAGUAAAGAAAAGAAAGCUGUGCAGUACCAAUGUUCAGAAUGUGAUAAGAGCUUCACAGAUGGCUUAUUGCUCAUUAGUCACCUUGAAGACCAUGGAAGACAAGAACAAGCAAAAAGGCGCAAUGCAUGUAUUAAGUGUGGGCAGGAGUUUGCUAGUCAAGCAAAUCUUGCAAGACACAUGAAGAUGCAUGGAACUGAUGGGAAAUACUCUUGCCCUGACUGCUCCAAGGUUGUUAACACCUCAUCUGAUCUUGAAAUCCACCGAACAUGUCAUGACCCAAAUAAGCGUUUUGCUUGCAAACUGUGUAGUCACAGGUUUGGGACAAGACCAUCUUUAUGUAAUCAUUACAGAGAAGAGCAUCCAGAAGAUGUGUUUACUUGUCGUUUCUGUAACAAGGCCUAUUCAGUCAAAAAAUCACUGGCAAGACAUUAUAGAAGAUGGCAUCAACAAGAGCAGAGGAAUCUUGGGAGAACUGUACAGGAAAAGAGCAGCUCUGAACAACAAUCCAGCAAUCAUGUCAGCACAACUGGUGAAAGCGAUGAGGAUGAAAAUACCGGCAGUGAGGACAGCGACUCGGACUCUGCGCCAUACUUCCCGUGCCACGUGUGUGGCAAGACAUUCCCAACAUCAGAAAGUCUUGAGGACCAUCAGCGGUGUCACCUUGGCGAAAAACCACAUGAAUGUGCAGAAUGCGGUAGAUGUUUUUUCCAGGCGUCCCAGUUGCAGCAGCAUCAGCGAAUGCACAAGUCUGAAUUUCAGUGUCAGGCAUGUGGUAGGGGUUUUGUCUCACUCUUUGCGCUACGUAAACACAAGCAUACUCAUGGAAAGAGCCGUCCCUACCGUUGUUCCAAGUGUGACUUCAGUUUCACAGGACCGUUGCAGUUGGCAGAACACAUGUCCACCCACCGUGAAGAGAACUUCCCAUGUGAUAUAUGCAAUCUUGUGUUUAUCUCCAAGAGUAGUAGAGUUGAGCAUCGGAAAAGCCACUCUAAGUCAAGUGAACGCUCACCACCCCCAAUUUCAAGGGCAGAACAUGAGAAAUCUGCUAUCCUCUCUGAAAGCUCAUCAGUGUCCCCCAAAGAACUUAAAUAUCGCUGUGGUGUUUGUGGUGAGCGUUUCAGAGACCCAGAGGAGCUCUCAGAGCAUGGUUGCAUGGAAGCCAAAGAGCGGCCAUACUCCUGCUCAGACUGCGCUAAACAUUUUCUGCAUGCAUCUCACCUGAAAAAGCACAGGACCAACGAUCACAUAUCAUUGUCUAAUAGUGAAUAUCCGUGCAAUCAAUGCAACAAUAGUUUUUCCACCCCUCAGCAAUUCCUCUCCCAUCUGAAGAGCCAUGGUGAUACCGCAGCAGAAAUGAAACCCAUCUCUGAAGGUACAGGUGUGGCUCAAUCACACAGUUUCAUAUGUCCAGUUUGCCAUCAGUCUUAUGCCAGUGCCACUGAGUUGUGUUGUCAUUUUCCCACGCAUCCUGAUGGUACCUUUGAAUGCAAAACUUGUAAAAUGACAUUUCCCUCUAAAAGUAAGCUUGAAGAACACGAGAUCCGUCAUGUGACAUCAGCUACAGAAUUUGAAUGCACGGAGUGUGGCCAGAGGUUUUGGGGAAAAGACGCUUUCAAACAGCACCACUGUUCCCAUCGUAAGCAUUCAUCAAAUCCAUCGGCUAAGACAUCCACUCCUACUGAUUAUCAAGCAGCAGGAGAGGAAGAGGAGAUCGACGUUACUGGAGAGGACUUGUAUAAUUGCCCUGUUUGCUCAAUGCAGUUCUCCUCAAAAAGCGGUCUUUUGGAGCAUCAAAAUAAACAGCAUCGAAAUGAGAAGCCAUUCGUAUGCGAGCUUUGUGGAAAUACGUUUGCCAAGAGGCGAUACCUCAAAGAGCACGAGCGAAGGCAUCGUCAAAAAAACGCGGCUCCAUCCGUUGAAAACAAGUUCAAAUGUACCCAGUGCCACACCAGUUUCAAUACAGCACAAGAUCUGUCAGUGCAUAUGAGAUUGCACGCUCAAAAAGAAGUUGGACAGCACCGCUGUGACAUGUGCUACAAGUCAUUCAGCCAUUGGUCUCAUCUGAAGCAGCACCAAGAGAGUCAUGUUGGCCAAGUUGUUUAUGAAUGUACAGAAUGUGACAAAGCCUUCGCUUUUCCUCACCUGCUGGAGGAACAUCAACAGACUCAUGCUGGGUCCUUUCAGUAAUGGUUGUUGCAAAUCAUCUACCUUAUCCGUCUUUUGAAUAGCUAGCUAUAGUAACUUGAAAUCCCUUUCAUGCCUUACAUCUGACUGUGUACCUCCACUUGAUAUCACAAUUUAGAUCCAAUUUGUAUUUUUGACCCUUUUAACAUACUGACAAAGAUCUUGGCUCAUGUCUUUAUGACAGACAGUCUCCUCCUGCGUUUCUAUUUGCAGUGUAUAUAUUUUUAGUUCGAGUAUGGGAUUAAAUGAGCCAGAUAGUUUCUUGACAGUGUUUGUAAAUCUAUGACGAGCCUAUGUAAAGCAGUUUAACGUUCUGUGUGAUGAAUACAGACAAUGCAUGAUGGGAUAAGAUGUUUAUCGAAAGUCUUGGAUAAACGCUGUCAUUUUUUAUCAAACAUGAUCAUUUAUGAUGUUUGACAUUUAUUUUGAAAUAGCCUUUAGUUUUGUUGAUAAUAUGUAAGAUAGCCUUCAAACUGCUCAUUUUAUCUGUUGGCAAUUUCUAUAUCGUGUACUAUAGAUAAUUUUAUAUUUUUCAGUUAAACAUUUCCCUGUAUUUAUAAUGGGUUGAAUUUUUUUUUUUUUCAAGUUGCAAGUUUAUUGUACAUGCAUU